UGGCGCUGCAACCCCACAGCUGGGACUCAGAGCUGGAGCCUGAACUCCACCUCCAGGCAGAAUGAGGCACGCCUCGGCAUCCCUGCUGCUCCUGGUGCUGGUCAGCAGCCUGUCUCCAGUGCAUGGUGUUCUGGAGGCCUAUAACACAAACUUGAGGUGCAGAUGUAUCCAUAGCACGGGAGCGUUGGUCCAGAUACGCCAAAUUGAACGAAUUGAAAUCACACCCCCUGGGAAUGGUUGUCCAAACAAAGAAAUCAUACUCUGGAUGAAGAAUAAGUCAGUUGUAUGUUUGAAACCUCAAACCAAAUGGAUAUACUCGGUCGCAAAACUGAUUAAAAAAAGUAAGGCUUUAUCUCAAUAAGCUCCAGCGUUUAAGAGAAACGUUGCCCGAUGUCCCUAUUACAACUAAGGAAGGAUACAUGCAUUCUCCCCCAUGACCACCUUCAUACCUGCUCUGGAUUUUAGUUUUGUGCUUAGCUAAAUUGCCCUACCCAAAUAAAAAGAACUACCCUA